UCUGAAGCCUCUCACAUUAGCAAUCAACAGUCAACGCAACAGUUGACCCUGUAUCACGCUGGGAUUGACAAACUUGCUAUCGAAAUUGACUUGUUUGUCAACAAACAAGUUUGUUUUGACUUCGAAAACGAAAAGGAUGAAACAGUGGAAAAGAAAACGAGGCGCGAUAGAAAAGUGGAUACGAAUUGGUCUGACGAAAUGUGCCAUAAUUUAAUUGAUUUGGUGGAGUCAAAGUCAAAUUUGUGGAACGCUUCAAACAACGAUUACAAAAAUCGUAAGAAACGAGAGAGCGCUUGGGGAGAAAUCGCAGUAAAAAUGAAUCUUCCAAAGGAUGAAGUUUCCAAUAAAUGGAAUCUAUUGCGCCAACAAUUUCGUAAUGCUUACAAUAAAGUGAAGGAAAGUAAAAGUGGUCGGGCAACUGCUAUUCGAAUGCCUCCAAAUCCUUUCUACAACGCAUUAUUGUUUCUUCAACCCAUUCUAAGAAAGGAAACGGUCGCUCGGACACCAAAUAAUAUAAUGAGCAAAGAAUCGGAAUCGAGUGUAUCACCGUUCACCACUAAAUCUGAAGUUUUCCAUUUUGAUCAGAGCUAUGAUGAUUCCGACCCAUUAUCAUCGCAUGAGCCGAUUCAAUCACCAUCAUCCAAUUCAACUCCAACGCCGAAGCGACGUAAAGUUGCUAAAACUUAUGUUCAUAGUAGAGCAAUGAUAAAGCAAACAAGACACGAAGACGAGUUCGAGCUGUGGGGCAAAUCCGUAGCUGCCACUUUACGUAAUUAUCCGGACGAGCAUGCUGUGCGUAUAGCUAAAUCAAAAAUGAACCAAGUUAUGGCAUCUCUCGAGGCUGGAGAUCUGGACGGAAUUCGGAAUAUUCCAACCAAAUUUACAAAACGAAUAAAACGCAGUUAAAUAUAGCUGGAUAUACACAACUUUUUUUUAUUGGAGUGUAUCUAAAGUAUAUAA